AUGAUUGAAGGGCAAUACAAAGAAUCACAACCAAACUCACAAGGCCUUUUGGAACUCAGCGCAUCAGAAUGGAACGUUGAAGCCUUUGUUAUCCUGUUGAACAUCAUGCAUGGUCACCAUCGUCAAGUAACAAAGACUCCAGGUCUAGAGCUUAUAGCUCAUAUUGGAAUUCUUGUUGAUUAUUACGAUUGUCUUGAGGUGGUUGAGAUCUUUUAUGAACGAUGGACUCAAUGGCAUCUCGACUUGAACAAGCACAAUUAUCCUGAACUCAGUUUGGCCCUUCCGACUAUCGCAUCACAGAACUUUGGACCAGAUGAGACUGUCCUGCUAUUUACUGCACUUGUUUUCAAGAACCAUGUCCAAGCCAGAGGACUUUUUGGGCUGGCCAUUUUCAACACGGAGGGCCCACUCGAGACGGACCUGGCGAUUCCGAACCGAGUUCUUGAACUGAUUGAACAAGAACGAGAGAGACUUGUCGAAGAACUCCUUGAAGUACUAUUCGACUUGCAAGACUGUCUGAUGGCUAGAGAUCUCUGUUGCACACUAGAAUGCGCCUGCAGACUUCUCGGAUAUCUCACAAGACAAAUGAGAAGUCAUGGUCUGCCAUUGACAAAACCAGAAAGGCCAUUCUUGGGCUACAGCGCAAAACGCGUACACCAAAUGCUUCGAAAUCUCAAAGCACCCCAUUGGUGUACUGACCAUAACGAUGAGCCAUGUACUCUUGAGGUAGUGUUGCAAGAUUUCUAUGUACCAUGGGAACCGAGCAUCUUUGAAAGAGACCUCUGUGAGUUGAUGUAG